GUAAAGGGCUGCGCCCGUGAUCUCUACUGAAGAGGAUCACGUGAUCUUCGACCACGUGAUAUACCUUCUGUACGGACACGUGAUCAGAAGCGAGCAGGUAUAAGAGAAGUCUGUACUUAGUUAUCUUCUCUUUUUCUUAUCUUUUAGCUUCUGUACGAUAGGUAGAAGCAUACUUAUUCGCUAGGCCUCUCCGCCCAUAACAUAAGCUAAAAGAUCACUUUAACCCUUCUUACUCUUUUCUCUCGUACGGAGCGAGAGAGAAUUGAGAAUGCAAAACGAACAAGAUAUAACAAUAGGGCUACAUAAGCCUAUGCCAAACCUAGAACCUAGUAACGCCCCGCCAAGGCCUCCGACCCAACUUAAUGCAACAAAUAAUCUACUCCAACGAAACCUAGACCAAAUAGCUACAAGACUUAAGGACGCUAAAGGCGUACGAGAAGAACUCCAAGAGAUGAAAGCCCUUUUCCUCCGUACGGCACAGGGGCAAGCUACCCCUAACGCACAGACUCCUAAUCUCACGCCGAGUAUAGAAAAGUUUGGAAAAGCUAGACUCCCUAAUAUUAGAAUCUUUAAGAAAGGCUCACACGAAGAAUACACCCAAAUUGCUCAACGCAAGAAGGAGGGUAGCUGCCUACGUUGUAGCAUCUACGGCCACCUCGUACGGCAGUGUAAAGCAGCAGUCCCAAAACGCACGCGCAAGCCAGAGACCGUGACAAAAGUCCUAGCUGCUACCUUAGAAGACGAAAGCUCAGACAAGGGAAAAGAGGAGCCCUAGUCCAAAAACGCCGACUAGGGCAGCCAAAGCAGGUUAAGCAGGUCGUACGACCUGUCCAAGAGCUACUUCACCAACUAAAGCCUACUCAGCCAAUGUCCAUAGACGUAAUCAUUAAUCUUUUAAAAAACGCUACUGCUAUGAUUAAUAAUAGGUGCUGCACUUAUGCGAUAGUAUGUAAAAGACUCGUACAAGAACUUAACCUGCCGCGCGUAUCUAUCCCUACUAGGGAAAUUGAAGGUGUCAAUAACCAGAAAAGCACUGUACGAGCUAUUACUCAAUUUACUGUAGAUAUUAGAGGAAUUAAGCGAAAAGCAGC